AUGUUCAAAGAAUGUCUUACCGGGGUUCUGGCGGCCCUACUGCUGAUCGAUGGCGGGGAAGCAAGUCGAUUAGGUCGAGCAAGUCUGAGUCGAGGUCCUUCCACUCAUUACGCUCGUCAUGUUCCAGCGUCAGAGCAUCUCAACACAUCUGACUACCGGUUUCUAACCAACAAAACCAAGCCCCAUCUGGUCGAGAGCCUUCCAAACGUGCGUUUUGCACUGGGCGAGAUGUAUUCAGGAUUCAUCCCCAUCGGUGGAAAUAAUUCUUUGUUUUAUAUCUUCCAACCGAAAAUUGGAGAGCCAUCCGAUGAUCUCACAAUCUGGCUGAGUGGCGGACCAGGAUGUAGUUCAAUGCAGGGAUUUCUGCAGGAAAAUGGCCGCUUUACCUGGCUGCCCGGUACUUACGAGCCCGUGAUCAAUCAGCACUCUUGGGUGAACCUGACCAAUAUGUUAUGGGUCGACCAACCGGUUGGAACCGGGUUCUCGACGGGCAUCCCGACUGCGACUACGGAGGAGGAAAUUGCCGUUUCUUUCGUUGACUUCCUCGAAGGAUUUGAGGAAUUGUACGAGAUUAAGAACUUCCGAAUUUUCAUGAGUGGUGAGAGUUAUGCGGGUCGAUAUGUGCCGUAUAUUUCCGCUGCCAUGCUGGAUCGGAAUGAUACAGAGCAUUUUGAUCUGAGCGGGGCUCUGAUGUAUGAUGCGUGUAUCGGCCAAUGGGAUUACAUCCAAGCCGAGCUCCCGGCGUAUCCCUUUGUGCAGCAGCAUGCUGAGCUGUUCAACUUCAAUCAAUCAUUCAUGAAGCAUCUCGAAAGCACGUUUGAGCAAUGUGGCUACAAGGAGUAUUUUGACGAAUAUCUGACUUAUCCAGCUUCUGGGGUACAGCCCCCAAAAUAUAUGAACUAUUCCACUUGCGAUAUAUACAACAUGAUCUAUGACGAGGCCUAUAAUCCAAAUCCAUGCUGGAGCCCCUACCAUAUCAAUCAAAUGUGCCCGCUAUUAUGGGAUGUUCUAGGGUUCCCCACGGACCUUGCAUAUGAGCCCACUCACACGACCUAUUUCAAUCGAACGGACGUCAAGCGGGCUCUUCAUGUCCCCGAGGAUACCAAGUGGGAGCUCUGCAGUACCGAGAGUGUGUUUGUGGGCACCAGUCCCGGCCCUGAGCAAGCAUACGACGACUCUCCAAAUCCGACCGAGCAUGUCUUGCCCCGGCUCAUUGAGGCGACGAACCGAGUUCUGAUAUCGAACGCUGACUGGGACUAUUUGAUCAUUACGAAUGGCACCCUCUUGGCAAUUCAGAAUAUGACCUGGAAUGGGGAGCUGGGAUUUCAGACUCGCCCCACCGCUCCGAUUCAUAUCGACAUGCCCGACCUGCAAUGGUCAGCGGUUUUUGAUGCCCAAGAAGGAUAUGGUGAUUUUGAUGGUCCGCAGGGAUUGAUGGGGAUCCAGCAUUAUGAACGUGGCUUAAUGUUUGCGGAAACCUUCCAGGCAGGUCAUCGGCAGUCCCAGGAUCAAGGCCGGGUGUCAUAUCGUCACGUCGAGUGGUUGCUAGGCAAAAAUGAUCACCUUUGA